GAGAGAUGAUGGGGUCCAACAGGCCAAGGUCAAGCAGAACCCUGUUUACUUUUUGUCCGGCGCGCCUCCAUUGUUCUAAACCCUCAUUAGCGCUAGCUGAAAAAGCCAGUCAGUAGGACCCUGUGCCCCUCCUGUGUACUGUAGAGCCCCACUAUUCUACUCUCACAAGUCCCACCACUGUUCCCCUGCACUCCGCUCCACAUACAGACUGGACAGGAACACGGACCGGGAUACAUGGACACAAACAUGGAAGCUCCAAGAACACGAACAUUGGAAGAUCUUGGGAUCGCAGUGAUGAGGAGGGGAAGCUAUGACGAAGCUGCGGCUUUAGGACUACAUCCUCACCUUCGCAGUUUGGCCCAGAGGCGUCGUUCCGCCCCGUCCCUGGCUUUUGAGAAGGCUCUGGGCAGCAUGCCAUGGUCCUCCAUCAGGGAGGAGGCUCCGUGCUGGGUGUCGGUGGAGCAAUGCCCUUUCGUCCUGGGUCUUAGCAGUGAGAAUGCAGAGCUGGUCCUGGACGCCUGUGUUCAGAUCACAGAAGGCAUGAAGACCAGAAGGAGACAACUCUUCCUCUUCAGCGACGUGAUCGCCAUCGCCAUGCUCAAGUCCAGUGCUAGCUACCGUCUGAAGCACAGGGUGAGUCUGGAAGAUCUGUGGCUUUAUGGCUUUGAGGACGAGCCAGAGGAGGAAGAGGGAGAAGGGGGAGAGAUUGACCUCAGGACGUCCCUGGUCCUGGCCUGGCCCCUUGCCUUCUGUGUGGUGUCCUUCCAGUGA